CGGAGCCGACACAAGUGCCGGAGUUACGUUGUUGGGAGUUUGCAACAACUCGCGCUCGGCCGCGCUGCCUGCGCCGCCGCGGAGCCCGCCGAUGCGCGGCUGAAGCCUUCGGUACCCCCCCGUCUCCUCCUCCUCCUCCUCCUGUUUUUUUUUUUUUCUUUUUCUUUUUUUUUUUUUUUUUUUUGCCUCCCUUCCCCCCCUCCCUCUCCCUCUUUCGCUUUGAUUUCUCUCUCCUCCCCUGUGCGCGCCGUGUGUGUGUGUUUUUCGCCUCCGCCGCUCUUCACCAAUCCUUUUGGCAUGAGUUAAACACCAGCUAUGGACACCAAACACUUCCUGCCGCUGGAUUUUUCAAACCAAGUCAAUUCCACAUCCCUGAACUCUCCAACGAGCCGGGGCCCCAUGGCUACCCCUUCCCUCCAUCCGUCCAUCGGGCCCGGCAUCGGCUCCUCGCUGGGCUCCCCGGGUCAGCUCCACUCACCCAUCAGCACCCUGAGCUCUCCCAUCAACGGCAUGGGGCCCCCGUUCUCCGUCAUCAGCUCCCCCAUGGGUCCGCACUCGAUGUCCGUCCCCUCCACCCCCAGCCUGGGAUUCGGAACCAGCAGCCCGCAGCUCAAUUCACCCAUGAACCCCGUCAGUAGCUCAGAAGACAUUAAACCACCCUUGGGACUCAAUGGGGUCCUCAAAGUGCCAGCACAUCCCUCAGGAACUAUGGCCUCCUUCACCAAGCACAUAUGUGCCAUCUGCGGGGACAGAUCUUCAGGUAAACAUUAUGGAGUUUAUAGCUGCGAGGGCUGCAAAGGCUUCUUCAAGCGCACAGUGAGGAAAGACCUGACCUACACGUGCCGUGACAACAAGGACUGCUUGAUUGACAAGCGCCAGCGGAACCGGUGCCAGUACUGCCGGUAUCAGAAGUGUCUUGCAAUGGGAAUGAAGCGAGAAGCUGUCCAGGAAGAGAGGCAGCGAGGCAAGGACCGGAACGAGAACGAGGUGGAGUCAACAAGUAGCGCCAACGAGGACAUGCCCGUGGAGAAGAUCUUGGAAGCUGAACUCGCAGUGGAGCCAAAGACAGAGACAUACAUUGAAGCGAAUAUGGGCUUGACGCCGAGCUCGCCCAAUGACCCGGUAACGAACAUUUGCCAGGCAGCGGACAAGCAGCUCUUCACCCUGGUGGAGUGGGCAAAGAGGAUUCCCCACUUCUCCGAGCUGCCCCUGGAUGACCAGGUCAUCUUGCUCAGAGCAGGGUGGAAUGAGCUCCUAAUUGCCUCCUUCUCCCACCGCUCCAUAGCUGUGAAAGAUGGGAUCCUCUUAGCCACCGGGCUCCACGUGCAUCGGAACAGUGCUCACAGUGCUGGUGUUGGUGCCAUCUUUGACAGAGUACUGACAGAACUCGUGUCAAAAAUGCGAGACAUGCAGAUGGAUAAGACAGAGCUAGGCUGCCUGCGAGCCAUUGUCCUCUUCAAUCCCGAUUCGAAAGGUCUCUCCAACCCAGCUGAAGUUGAGGCGUUAAGGGAGAAGGUGUAUGCGUCGCUGGAGGCGUACUGCAAACACAAAUACCCCGACCAGCCUGGGAGGUUUGCCAAGCUCUUGCUCCGUCUCCCUGCGCUCCGGUCCAUCGGCCUGAAAUGCCUGGAGCACCUCUUCUUCUUCAAGCUAAUAGGUGACACGCCUAUCGACACCUUCUUGAUGGAAAUGCUGGAAGCACCUCAUCAAAUGACUUAGAGAACUGCUGCUGGGUCAGUCCCUACCGCCUGGCUGGGGCCUCCUGGGGCUCCUUCCUCUGCUUUUCUCCUCCUCUGCCCCGGCCCCUUUCCCUACCUCCUCUCCCUGAUGCUGGAGACACCGUCUGAUCUUCUCCGUCUGCUCCCCGGGGUGACACCCUGAAGUCCUUGCCUCUUCAUCAUGUUGACCCUUGGUCAUUUGCUGUCAUUGCUGCGUCUAAAGAGCUGGUAACUGUUUCCCUACGGUAGAUGUAGAGAAGCGGGAACGGAGUGUUUUUCACAAGCGACCGUGGCUCUCCCCUGCACCUGGGUCACCCUCGCUAUUCGCAGUGAACCGUGGGCCGGGUUUUGCAGUACCCCCUGUGCCUGCUGAGUCAGGGUUGCGUUUCCCGGGGCCGAGUGGGGCUGGGAGCGGGGGACGAUCCGAGCCGGCUGCGGCGGCUCUUUGGGCAGCGGGGUUCGGACGAGCUCAGGGGAGCGGUUUAACUCGCUGAAUUGCAGCUGGCUAUUUUCAGAGGAUGGAGUUUUUGAAAAAGAGAAGAGGAAAAAAAAUCUAUUUUUGGUUUCCAACUAUUAUUA